UAUUUGUAUGUUUUUAAAUAUGUUAAAAUUAAUGUUAUAUACUCUAUUAAUUCUGUUGUUGUUUUGUCAUUUUAUUGAAGCUGCAUUGGUCAAAUUUGGCGAAAAAUCAGAAGUUUAUGAUGAGAGUCAUUUAAAACUUCAUGUAGAAGAAGAAAUUGGUGAGAAUAAAAAGAUGAAUGAGGAAGAUGAGCGGUUUCACUAUUUUGACAUACACGAUUUAAAUAAAGCCGUCCAUCACAAUCACAAAGAUGAAUUGGAGGAGGUUAGACCUGAGGAUGAAAUUGAGAAAUUAGUGGAUGAGGCUUUUAAAGAAAUUGAUUUAGACGGAGAUGGAUUGAUAAGUUAUCCAGAAUAUCUUAAAAAAUUGGGUUAA